CUCCCCUUCUGCUCUUCUCCUCGCUCCCUCCCCUACCUGGUGCCGAGGGAGCGAAGGAGGGGAGGGAGGAGAGGAGGUCCCCGAGAAGAGCCGCCGCGGCACUUCCGGUGGAGCGCCCAGGGAGGCGGGAGGGGCCGCGAAGAGCGCGCCAGUCGACGGAGGGGAAGCGAAGUGAGAGGAGCUCGCUGUGUGUCGUCUCUCCGCGCCGGGCUGCUUCGCCUCGGUUUCCCCCCGCCAUGGCAGUGGACGCACGGCGCCUCGAGGGCCUCAGCCUCCACCAACUCAACGAGCUCCUGGAGGACGAGGAGCAGCUCCAAAACAUGGCCCUCGAGAUGGAGGAGGCCCAAAAUGUUCAGCUCAGCAAGGACAUGACUCUUGCCAGCAACCGUAGCCUCGCAGAAGGCAAUCUCUUAUACCAGCCAAAGCUGGAUGCUCUAAAGUCUACAUUGACACAAAAAUACCAGAAUCUCCAAGUUCUCUUUGAAGCAUAUCAGAUAAAGAAAACCAAGCUAGACAGACAAUCCAGUAAUGCUUCCUUGGAAACGCUUCUAGCACUUCUUCAGGCAGAAGGGGCUAAGAUUGAAGAAGAUACUGAGAACAUGGCUGAGAAGUUUUUGGAUGGUGAAGUGCCCUUGGACGCCUUUAUUGAUGAAUAUCAAAACCAAAGAAAGCUGGCUCACUUACGGCGAGUCAAAAUUGAGAAACUCCAAGAGAUGGUGCUGAAGGGUCCCAAAUUCCCUCUGGUGCCUCAGCCAAGAGCGGCAGAGAUGUCCCCAGGACUUCAGGCUUCAGAAGCGAAUGCCCCUCCUUCGGUGGUGCCUCGUCGCAAUCCUCCUCCACCUCCUGCAGCAUCUGCAGCCCCAGCAGGACGCCUUCCGACCCCAUUUACAGCUGCAAUGAACUCUGGGCAAGCUGCUCCCUUUUCAGGGAUCCCGUACCCUCCACUUCCCCCACGAACAGGAAUGCCACCUGCAACGCAAAUGCCACAGCCGGGAUACCCAACUCCAUUUGCACACCAGUACCCACCAGCACUACCCCAAAGGCCCCCGCCUCGUCUCCCGCCGAAUCCAGGUUUUAUCCUACAGUGAAGAUGAAGAUGCCACUGUAUCCUGACUCAGGUGUCUCGGUGCUGACCUUUUGACUCCUUAACUUUCAGAAGCAACUUAAAUAGUGGCAAAUCUCCAGUGCUAUGUGCAUAAGAGUUCAAGAAAUUGAGACUGAGAACUGGCGUGUCAGUGUAUCUUGCAAAAGUCACUGGGUUUUUUUCUCUUCCAUUUACUUACAAUUUUUGUUUAAAUCAGUAGUGGGACAAUUGAAUUGUGGAAAUUCUGAAAUUCUUCCAUCUUAAGAGGAGAUUUCAGCCAGUGUGGAAGGUCUGCCAUUCCACAGGGAUCUGCUUCCUUUUCCUACUUGGGAAAUGGUGAAAUUGUUCUGCAGAAGGAUCCAAGUUCUGUAGUUUGAGUGGUAAUUGAUCCAUCUGCAUUCCGCUUACAUCAAAAUGGGCCAGUCAACACUAGUGCUGACUUGGGUGCUUGUGAUAUGCAGACAAUGUUUAAUUUUGUAAUUCAUAGUUUAUAGGACCCGAUACGGGAGUCAAUUUCUUUCUAUACUAAUGCAAUCACAUUCAUUUCACUCAGUUGCUGCCAGUGAAUCGCCUUGUAAAGUAUGUCCUUCAGAAAGCCUCAGGAUUUAAAUACCUCUUGUUUGGUCUUCUUCAGAUUCUCUCACCGCAGCAUGAAUCUUUCCUAACAUUCUUGGCUUGCAGUGACUUUGUGUGUCACAGCAAAGCAAAAUCUGUCAGAUGCAAGUUGGUGUUUUCUGGCUUAGCCUGUGGUUUCUUUCUAAAUUAGCUAGUUAGUUCCUUAGUAUAUAUAUUUCCUUUACUUUUUGACUUUAAGCAAAAGUUCCAUUUCCCAACUCAAAUUGGCUUUGUGGAAAUCCACUUCCAAGCCUUUUCCCUUCUGAGAUUGAACACAUGUUUUCUUCACAGGGCAUUUGCUCUUCUCCAUAUGAGGAACGUCUGGCCCUUCAAAUGGUGCUGGACUGCAAGUUCCAUCAUUCAUAACCAUUGACAGAACUGACAAAUAGGAACUGAACCAUGUUGAACAGCAGUCACAAGACCAUACAUCUUAUACCUCUGUUUUGUAAAGUCCGUAAUAAUAUCCUUUUUCAAUCUGAUAGUGUUUCUCUUCUCCUUCCAGGGGUAAUCUCUUGCUAUUAGAUGGUUUGAGAUAGAAUGCUAAACAGCUACUAAAUUAAAAUGUCAUUGCCUUCUAAGAGUCUCAUCUAGUAAAGGGAUGAUUGCUUUUAGAGAAUCAGAAAUGUCUUGUAUUUCAGAACAAUAGAAGUUGGGUGGAGGCAGCUAAUUUGGUGACAAACAGUCAUUUUAAAGCCGAAAGAUUUAAGGGGAAACAAUCCAUGUCCCAAGCUGAGAGAACCCUCUUCAUACUUUAAACAUAAGCUGUUGCUUACUAAGAACAGAGGGGCGGGGCAUAAGUAACCCAUUGCAGUGAGAAAGGGAUAGGGAUAAAUUCAUUAUCAUAACAGUUUAGUGUAUUAAUUACUCUUAAGUUCGAGAGGGCAAUAUUGGCAGUAGUCCCAUGGUAUCCAUUAUUAUUUGUGUUUAAGACAGCCAUCACCACACCUAGACAUCUUAUUGUGACCAAAACUGAAUUUGUUUAAUGUGUUAAAAUGCACCAUCUUCUUUCUCGAAUAGACUGUAGGACAAUUGCCUUGAACACUGUCUCUCUUUAAUUUGGGCCUCUCAUCUAACUACUUUUGGCAGUGUUGCGUUUAAGUAGAUUAAGAUACGGUGUUUGGACAGUGUUGGGUUUAAAUGGAUUAGGAUGCUGCCUUCAGGAAAUGUUACAUUGAGAUGAUUGUCUUUUGGACGUUCGCCAUGCGUGCCCUUCCAAAAGAAAAGGCAAGGUAUUUCGCAAAGAUGAUCAGGUCAUUGGCUUUUGAGACCACUUUCCUGAUGUGUGGCAGGCAAGUCAAUAUCUCAGUUAUUUAAGGUGGAUUUCUUAAAUGUAACAGGCAAAGGGAUUACAAUACUUCUUACAUUUGAAGAUAAAAUGUAAGCAACAGGCAGCCUCCUUCAACUCAUGUAGCUACUCUUUUCAUGAAGAGGAGGAGAAAUGGGCAAAAGUUCUAGAGAAACGUUUUGAUCAGGUUUUAACAGGUGCAUUUUUACAGCACAAAUAUAAAAGUGUGAUGCUGUUAGAACAGUGCAUUGGUUAUCAGCUUGCGUUGUUGUUUCUUUUCCUGAAUAGCUUUAGGCUUUUAGUGCAUUGUGUCAUUUAACUUCUAUUUAAACAACAGUUGGUGGUUGGUAAUCAAGAUAUUUAUAUCUGCUCUCCAGUUUCCUUUUAUGCUCUGCUUUUUACUUCACUGCUUCCGCCUUCUUGUAACGAUAGCUCUUUUUGUGAUGACAGAAGCUAAGCUUUUGCCAACUUGUGACUCAGUUCAGCCAUGAAGAGCCUACACGGUAUUUAAUCUCUGCCUUUUGAUAAAUUGAGAAGAUUACUUCAGAGCAAAAGGCGAGCCACUUUGUCUGGAGGCCUUUUUCUUCAAGCCAUAAUCUUAUACUGAAUUAUGAAGAGUUUAAAUGUGGACAUUUCUCUGUGACUAAUCAGGUUCAAUGUGCAUUGAUGCCUAUCUGUGAGCUGCCAUGUUCUUGGAGGCCUAUCACAUUUUUUCCAGGGAGCAAGAGAUCUCAUUCAUAUCCAGGACUCUGAGGUUCGUUUUGCCAAGACGUUUCGGAUUGGUUGAAAACCUUGCUUUAUUCAGGGAAAACUCCUUUUAUAUAUUUGGAAUUGUGCUAUCUUUGGUCAAAUCAAAGAUAUUUCAGUGCUUAGCGGAUUAGCAGAUUAUUACCUUUUCUUUUAAAAAUGACUUGGAGUGUGCCAGUAUUUGCUCAGUAGUAUAUAUGCAUUCCAUUCUGACAUGAUUCAGACUUGGCCUUCGGAUUUUCUGAGCUUCUGAUUGUUUGUCAGUCAUGAACAUGCUUAGCUCAUGAAGCAGCUUUUGAGAAUGUAAUUCCUCCAGCAGACUGUGAGCUCCUGUUCCUAAUGGUUCUUGAAAUGAUGCUGCUUCCAUGACUCCUCAAAAACACGGAGAGGACCUCUGUGAAUCACUCCUGUCUAAAAAUGUGGGAGGGGCAGAGUGACUUGCCCACAAAGCGAGCCAUAGAAUGAAGCUUCAGGAGGGGCCUUGUGCUCAACCUUGUGUGUGUUGUUGGUGCGGAUGAGUGCUAGAAGUUCAGUCACGGGGGAGGCCUGAAGCCACAGGUGUUACUCAUCCAGCAUGAGAAGGUGUCGUCAAAACCCUGAAGGCAAACAUGGUGCUAAGCAUAUCCAUCUCCUUCUCUUAACUCCUCAUUCAAAGCUCUUUUUCCAUCCUUACGUGGCAGGCAACCUUCCUUGGUGCUAUCACUUGCCAGCCACCUCCCAAAUUAGAAGCAACAGACACAGAGCCCUGUCUUGGAGUCAGUCACAACCUCACAAAAUUCCCCUAUAGCUACUCACGUUUAUGAUGUAGCAUUAGCCUUAGUCUGCAAUUUCAGGUUAGCUGCCCACUUAUACUACAAGAGCAUAAGAGGCACAUAAACCCAUCUGUGGAUUUCACAAUGCAAGUUGUGACUUUCUGUAGUACGAAGAUUGCCUCUUUCCCUGACAACAACUCACGCUAUUUUCAGAUGGGACAUUUCUGAACUGCUCAGGGAUGCAGCGUGCAGAAGACAAUGACAUUGCAACCAGCUGAACUGAUGCCAUUUUUUCUUCCCAGAAGCAAUAUGUCACGGUAGAGCAGGAGCUGAUGUGUGCCUUAGGAUGAUAGGUUGUGACUUAUUGGAAAAGAAAGAGAACUGUGUGACUUCAGCUUAGCAGUUACUCAACUGCUGAGGACUCCUCAUUGCUGGAAGAUGUGGAGCUAAAUAUGAGUCAGUAUGUAUUGUGUAAAAGUGAGGAAUACAGAUCUCUGGUAGGCAACUGUUCUUGGAUGACUGUUCAGAAAAAGAUGGAGCAGCGCUAGUCCAGCCUGUUUUCAUGUGAAAUGUAAUUGGGUUCCAACUUCUGGAAUAGGGACAUUUUAUGUUGUGCAAGAAAUACUUAAAAGUGUUUAAAUUUUGGAGGCAGGAUCUUCACAGUGGAUGUUAGUUGGGAUGCCAAAACCACAUACAGCAUAUCAGUAGGUAUGAGCCCAGGAAGCACAGUGGCAGAAUGGAUGUCUUCCACAGUUGAUGGAGGAGGGUUGAAUUUCAGUGGAGCGGCUUGGUCAGCCCCUGUGAGCCCCUGGCCUCUUUUGAGUUGCAUUGAAGCACUGUUUGAUAUUCCUGGUUGUUCUUUCUGGUGGAAGAGGGAGAGGAGCAGUAGAAGUCUGUGGCAGACAGGUGAAUGUGAAUUGCUAACCUACGGUCAUGUCAUCAUCCUGCUUAUAUCCCAGUAUUGUCUGGUUUCCUUCUGCUAACGAUGCAAAAUACAAGAAUUUGCAUCUGGGCCCACCGACUUGAGUGAGCAAUACAGAAAGGGGUGGUGGUAUUUUGAGUGUUUCCUGGUCUAUGGGGACUGGCCAUUGAGUAGAAAAGGUUGGGAGUAACUCCCAUCCAGGUUAGAAGCAGUGUGCUUAUAAUAUUUUUAGAAAACACUCCUGCAGUAUGAUUUUACAAAUUAAAAACUACUACCUGAAUGCUACAGUUUGUUCUGUGAACUAAUGUUAAACAUUAAAUUAAAUUUAAAUGGUGUUAGAUGGAGUGAAGCCGUUUUAGUGUUCAGUGUGGGGUGUUUCUGUUUCUUAAACUGCAGAAAGGAGCUUUUGUCUUUAAUUUGUUUCUACAUUUGAAGAAAUCCUUCUGUUCUGUCACUUGUUCUGUUCUCCCCCAUUUUGAGUGCAUGUGGCAGAAGGGACUUCUGCGUCUUUGGUACAAAGCCCAGGAAUUACUACCCAAGAAAGGCAUCAGUUGCAGGACACCAGAGUGUUAGGAGCAGUUGGAGGCAGACUAUUUGUUUUGCUGUCACUGCUAACUUGAAAGCUUGCAAUGGAAAACCUUCCAGCCUCCCAGUUAUUACUGGCCAAGAUUAUUUGGUAUGCCUUUUCUUCCUGUCUUUUGGUCCCAGGUGUGAUAGAGUCUUAUCCAGGUUGUAUUUCUCCUCCUCUUAGUCAGAUAAUUGUUUUGGAAGAAGUGAGCAAACACAGUCUCAUCCUCAGUUCUCUAAAUAAAAGAAAACUUGUGAAACUUUAUUUUCCUGUGAUCUUCAUGCAGCCACUUCCAGCGGAGGGAUUGUAUGACCCCUUCAGUUUUCUACGGGAUCUCAAUGUCCUGUGAGUUUGGUAUAUUUAAAAGGUUAAAACUCAUUGGGGGAGUUGAAAUUUUCAAAGUGAAAGUCAGUAGGUUUUGACAUGACACAGUCUUCGGUUUUGCAUCAUAUACCAAGGGAAACCCUCAGGUAUUGUGUAAUUGUCCAUCAUCUAGAAGCCAGCUGCCCUUCUGUUAGGAAUUGUAGGGCCUCCCUGGGGUCCAGAGGGAAUGCUGGUUAGCACAGCAUUCGUCUUAUUUCCUACCAGCAAACAAAGGACCUGAUAAGGCACUAGUUUGCCUUCCCACUGAGCUACCAUGCAGUGUGGUGUUCAGUCUCUAUUGCUUCUGACAGUUUUAUUGCUUUCUGUAUAAUGUUGAAGUACUUUUGAGUACUAUUUUUGGUGGACAGCAUAUUGAGAUGUAAUAAAUAAUAGUUGUUGUAAGAGUGAGUCUGAAACAGUUAAUGCAACCACUUGAUAACAAAUAAGCCUGCAUCACUGCUCAUUUUACAGGCCACAUUUCACUCUGGUUAUAAUACUGUGGCUCCUUCUGAUGAUCCUUCUUAGCUACCCACCUGGGGCUUAUGCUGCGGCCUAAGGUUCUUGGCCAGUCUCUUUUUGACCCACUCUAGAAAAUGGCCCUUGUCCUGCAAAGCUGCUUUUCUAGUGAGCAUUGGUUUUUAGGUAUAUCCCCUAUAAAAAAGUAAUGCUCCAAGGGAGGAUGUCAGUACUUCUGAUGGUCUGCUGCUGCUAUCUUUCUAAAGGUGGGGCAGUGCACUGAAAAGCACAGCAUCAAACUAUGAUUACUAUUAAAUCACCAGUUGAGGGCCCUUCCUGUGCAUUGCUCAGCUACUUGCCAGACUUCUGCUGGUGGAUUCAGGCUAGGAGUGGGGCACCCCAGAGAGGCAGAGACCUUGAAUCCAGACCCAGUGGGCCCCAUAGUUCCCGAUGCAAUGCCAAAAGAUGUCAGGUUGCUUCAGGUUCCAAAAAGCUUUCCCAAUACGGUGGUGUCUCACAAUUUGUAAAUAGUGAGGGGGGAAGGGAACCCAAUCCAUCCCACUUUUGUAGUGGGAACAGGGUUUGUGUUUGGAGGCCAACGUUUUGACUGGAAUUUUAAAAUUAGGGAGACUCUUGGGUCUUUGUGUGCCACAGAACAUGCUGCUGGGGCCACACAUUCAUAACCUAUACCAGUAUUUCUCAAACUUUGCUCCUCCAGGUGUUUUGGCCUUCCAACUCCCAGAAAUCCUAGCCAGCUUACGAGCUGAAGUCCAAAACAUCUGUUGAAGAUUUUGAGAAACUCUGAGCUAUAUUAUAUGCCCUGCUCCGAUUUCAACUUUACUUGGGGCAUGGUACAUACUCAAUGUAUUUAGAACCCAUGGGAAAAUCACAUAAAUGGGUAUCUCAGUCUGUCUCCUUCAUACCGAUCUCAGCUUCCUCUGCUUCUUGUUCUCUUAAAGCCCCUCUUAGUGAUAUCUUCUUGGUCUAACCUUUCUGCUUUCAUUAGUUACCCUUUCUUAAAUACAUCUAUGCUCAGGUGGUUUUUGACAAGUGGGUGUCCCAAAAACUGGUUGAAUGACCAGGGCACUGUUUGUCCUCCUUGGAAGUAUAUUGAGUUUAGGUAAAUCCAAUUCCUAGGUAGCUCCUUUUGGAGCCUAGGUGGUUCCUUACCUUGAAAGGGUCAUUCUAGAUCCCUGAGGAGACAUCCAGACCCAUUCAGUUGUAACAUUAUUCUGGUGCACUGGUUAAUCUGACUCCCUGUGAUGUUUCUGCUUGUCCAGUUCGUUUGUUCAGUGAGCUUCUACUUUUUAAAAAUCCCUCCCUGAGUGUGUCCUCCCGUCUUCUAUGCUUGGCUAUAGAAAGAAUGGGAGAUAACAGCUAGAGAUUCAGCUUUGGGUCAUGUCAUUGCACUACUGCGCUUGGGUGGCAAUGGGAGGCAACCCAUUGCGGGAAUUUGCCUUGGCGAACUUGAAUGGAUGUGUUAGCCUUUAAUAUAGGAUUUGCAGAGGUGAGUGUUAUCUCUUCUGUACAUUUACAGCAGUGUUUCAACAUGACAUUCAAACACACUCACAGACUUCUCUGAAGUAAAGAAAGCCAUCUUUCCUUAACAGGGUUUUGCUGGUAGCGAAAUAGCCACUUUAAAAAAUACAGCAAUCUUAACUGUCUUUUCUAAAAACAUAGAAGGGGUUUGUGGUAAAGCAGACUUUUGUAAUGUACUUCCUUGACAUUAAUCAUAGCCUAUUUCUUGGUUUGUAUGUACCAAGGGGGGAAAGGGGUAAAUUUUUCAGCCUUAGAGGAUGCCACUAUAGUAUGUCAGUGGGCCUAUAUUUGUUGGAACAUGGAGUAGGUAAUGUCAGAUGGAGGGUAUCCACAUAUUUCUCAGAACAACAUUCUGCCUACAGAACAAACUAUAGUUACAGUUCUAGCAAAAUUCCUUUCACUUUGGGAAGCAGGACGAUUCCUAAUGUAACAAGGUUUGUAAAUGCUUCCUUUGUGUUGUACAAUGGUUGAGAAUGUGCUUUUAAGAACAAGCUUCAGCACUCAAAGCGGUUCACUUUCCUUGAUAAAUUGGCUGUUUUUUUUUAAUAAAAUACUGACUUCAGUGAUUAUUCAUUAAAAAAAAUCCUAAAUUUUGUACAAA